AGUCCAAUCUCUAGCAAGUUCUUUAAAUUAUUUUACAAUUAACCUUAUAGAAUCAUCAAUAUCGGAAAUAAAUGUUCCUGGAUAUGGAGUACUUUAUUUAGAGGCUUCAUUUUUAGAAGAUAGUACUCAUGAAAAUAUUAAACUAAAGAUAAUUGGAAGUCGAGAUAAUCGUAAAAAAGCUGACGCAAAUGAUUUUACGAGACUUGAAGCUUAUCAAGAAGCUGCGACAAUGAAAACAUCAAAUAAAGUAGUUGGCUUUGAACCUGAAUUAGUACAAAAGGGAAGUAAAAAUAGAAGAAAGUAUAAUUCUGGUCUAGAACCUUGUGGAUGUAGAAAAAAUGAACAUCUUCCAAAUUGUAAAAUAUAUCGCGAUAAUCCUCAAGAGUUAUUAGUAGAAGAUACUGAUAGUGAUAGAAAUUAUCGUUACAAUGAAGUGCCAAUUACAACAACAAACUUAAAUAUUACUCGAACUGUGCAUGUCGAUAGAAUUGAAGAUGAGCGUUUUCCUGUUCUUCAAAAUAUUGACUUACUGAGUAGUGAAUUUGAUGGUGGUGAUGAUGAAGAUGAUGAGGUAAUUCCUCCAACACCCCAAAGACCAAGAAGAAGGAUUAGAGAACGUCAACAAACUCUUCGUGACCGAACAUAUGAUCUGCCACGAAGAAAUGUUGAAAUCGGAAUAAAUUCACAAGAUAUUUUUUCUGAUUCAGAUGAAGUAAUUGAAAGCUCAAGACAUGAAAUAUUUCCAAAACAUCACAGACCCAGAAAUAAUUUACAAGAUGAUCCACAAAAGUGGAUUAAUCUCGCAAAUCAGACAAUUGUUAAAACAGCAAAUACUUUCAGAGAACUUUCUAAUAUAAUGGAGCAGAAAUUCAAUGAUAUAAGUCAAAUGAUAUUAAAUUCAACUUCUAAUUUUCCCGAACCUAAAUAUAAUGAAACGAAAAAAUUACAUGAUGCUGGAAUACAAUCUGAUACAAUAGGAUUUAUUGAUCCAAGUCUUGAACCACGUUCGAAAGUUAGAAGACCCCGUAUAAAACAUGCUAAAACGGGAACUGAUCCUGACCUUAUUGAGCAACAAAUUUCAGCAACAUCAAUUACUGUAAACCCUCAAAAAAAUAAGAAAGUUACUCGUAAUAUUACAAUAACAAAAAAGGUAAAUGAAAAAACAUCGUGUUCAGAUGUUGAUCAACAUAAAAGAUCUGCUGUACGACAUGUCGAUCCGAUUCCAAAGAAGGAUGAUGUGAUUUACAGUGCUAUUAAUUUUCAGUCAAUUCGUGACGCUAAAGGAAACAGUAUGAUGAUAACUGCCCAAACACAAAGAGCAAAUGAUAGACAGAUGAGCGAUAUGAGAGAAUGUGAUUAUGAAAAAUGUGAAGGAUGUAAUUUUUCUCGAGUUCCUAGUUCAAUACCAAAUACAAUGAUACCCAUAUCAUCUUCUACAUUUACCCCAGCAGCAUCAUCUAUAAGACAAGCAACUGAACCAAUUCCUAGACCUGAGAAUAUCACGUCAGUGCUAUCACAAGAAACUCGUAUAACUCCUUCUUCUUCUACGGCUGCAGCUGGUGUAACACCUCCUCCACGUACACUUGCAUCUUCUUCGUUUCAUCAUGAACCAAUAUACGAUAUUCCUCGACCUGUACAUGAACCAAACGUAUCACAUAUUCCAGUUAGUAGAAUCACUGCUGAUGCAACACAAGGUAUUAGAGGAAAACGUCAUCCUCAAUCUGAAAGACAUGAUCAACAUUUAGAAGUACCAUCUACUGGUCAUCCAUAUAAUUUGAGACCAUUACCAGGACGAACAGGUCAACAUCAUGCUCCUCCACAGCGACAAAUAAAUCAAGAUCAUCAUCAGAGUUCCAUGAAGAAGAAAGGAAAGAGAUAAUAAUUAUAUUAAGAUAAAUGGUUGAUGAAUUAAUAAGAUGGCGAUUCAACUAUUGUAAUAAAUAAUAAUAAAUUUUUUGCAUAGCGUAAAUUGAUACGAAUAGAAGAAUGGAUCCCUAUGAAUUAUUUGGUGUAUAGAAAUUUUGUAAAA